UCAUCGCUGGAUCUCCGCCAGCAGCACUGCCUGCGCUGUCUUCCGCCCCCCGCUCGCCGUGGGGGGAAUGAGGGCUGAGACACGGGACGCCGCGCAAUAGGCGAGUAGAAGGACAGCAGAUGCAGCUCGGGGUCCCCGGUGUGCGCCUUUCACCAUGAUGAAGAAGAAGAAAUUCAAGUUUAAAGUGGAUUUCGAUCUGGACGAGCUGUCUUCCGUGCCCUUCGUCAACGGCGUCCUGUUUUGUAAAGUCAGGCUGCUGGAUGGUGGCUUUUCGGAGGAGUCCUCCCGGGAGGUGGUUCAGGCUAACUGCGUGCACUGGAAAAAGACCUUCUCCUUCCUGUGCAAGAUGAGCGCCAGCACUGGCACUGGGGUGCUGGAUCCCUGCAUGUGCCGGGUAUCCGUGCGCAAGGAGCUGAAGGGUGGGAAAACCUAUGCAAAGCUUGGCUUUGUGGACCUUAAUCUGGCUGAGUUUGCCGGCUCAGGGAGCACAACUCGGAGGUGUUUGCUAGAAGGGUACGACACCAAGAACACCCGGCAGGAUAACUCCAUACUCAAGGUGGUGAUCAGCACGCAACUGAAGUCAGGAGAUCCCUGCUUUAAAACGCCCCCCUCCACCGCCACGUAUGUAGGGCUGCAGGGGGACAGCGACCACCUGCACGAGGACAGGAAAGGGGGCGACACUCAAAAGCCUUUCCUGGGGAUAUCAGAGACCCCAGGAAAGUGCACCUCUCUUCCCGACGAACUUGUGGGAUACAGUCACUCCAGAACCUCCAGCUACGCUAGUCAGCAGUCGAAAGUUUCAGGGUACAGCACCGGGCACUCCCGCUCCUCCAGCCUCUCCGACUCCUCCCACCGGAGAAACACCUCGGUAAGCAGCACCUCCACCGGCAUCGGCAGCAUCCCGGAGCCCAGCGAGGACCGCGAGUCCAGAACAGCGCCCUCUAGUGCCACGGGGGCCGCUUGCGCCGCCGUGCUGGAAGACCCUGACAGCCCCAUCCUCUCGUCUAAGAUCCCUGUCAAGCAGGACUCCGUCGAGUCGCAGCUGAAACGCGUGGAUGCCACCAGGGUGGAUGCUGAUGACGUUGUGGAGAAGAUCCUACAGAGUCAGGAUUUCACUCCUGGCUUAUUGGACUCCAGUGCAGAAGAGGAAGGUCUUCGCUUAUUUGUUGGCCCUGGGGGGAGCACAGCCUUCGGUAGCCAUCACCUCCCCACCAGGGUUGGUGCAGGCGCAUAUGAACAGGUGGUCAUAAAGCGCUAGCAGCACAGAACGCCAGAAGGUGGAGGGACAAAAACCUGCACAAACUUCAUCCCAAGAACCACAUUUACCAAAAUACAAAUGAGGUCUGUGCAGCUUCAUGCAGAGAGAGCCUGAGAGUGACAGCGCCAUCUGGUGUCGGAGGAGGGGAGGUCAAUUGAAGUCAGAUAUUUUAAAAAGCUAGGCCAGCUCGCCAGAAGAGCCAGAUUUUUGGAUGUUUGUUAGAGUACAGUGUGAUGCUCUGUGCCAUUCUUACAGUUUCAACGUGAAGUGCGAAACACCCCAAACUCCCCGAAAAUGGACAAAAUUCUGCCCUUUCUUGGUCCCCCGUUUGCACAUCAACAUUUCUGUUGGGUAAACAUUGAUCCGGAGAUCUCCAGAUGCUCUUGUUAUUUCCACCAGUGUCUUGCUGCACAGCAUUUGUGCAACUUCUGAGCAAGUCAGACGACCAGGAGCUUGGCGGUAGAGAGCAGAUCUGACGCAAAACCUUCACCGGGCCCUGAUCCUGCGGGCUGGAACACAACAGACAGUGUUGAUGGGAUGACAGGAAGUCAUAAAUGAAAAUACUUCAGGUUGGUUCUAAGCAAACAGACGCCAAUCCAAGGAGGAUUGUACAGCUAUAGAAGGGUUUUUCUCAGAAUUAAAAGCAAGCUGGGUGGCUGUUCCAUAACCACAUUUUUGCUUGUGAUUCAGGCUUCCCUCCAGUAGCUGCUCUCAUUUCUGUUGAUUAUGGUCGUGCGCCUGUGGUACUAGCAUGUGUGUGUAUGUGUGGUACUAGGUGCUUACUAGCCACUCCUUAAAGUGUAACUGACACGUCCCGUGACCUCGAUAUUCUUGUAAGAGUUCAGUUCAGUUCUGUAUUUCCAACAGGUGUAGGAGCUUUGAGAUUGGCAAACAAAAGGGGUUAUGAGAGCAAUUACACUUCAAAAGCCACAGUGGGCGGGAUUAUGUCAGUGACACUGCUAGAACUCAUUCUCCUGUGGAUCAAAGGAGUGAUUGAAAGUGUACAUGAAUUGCCCCAAGUAUGGAUUUUGAAACAUCAGUAUCCAAAGUUUCUUGAGGCCAUAUCCGAUGAAGUACUGCCUUCCGGAGGAGCCUCUUUCAUCAAUGAGGCUUUAUGAUGGAAUUCUUCUAUUGGCCUGUGGUGCGUCAGCCUCAGUGUGGUGCUCAACCUCAACCGAUUCAUCUCUGCGCACGAGUGAAGCCCCAAGCAAUGCUAACGGGAGGCCAGGCUUCACUGAGAAAAGCAUUUCUUGAGUGAAUCGGUGUCAUAACACAGAGAUAAUGAAAUGUAACCUGACUUUUGUAGUAAAAACUGGAACUGUACAUUAUUGAUUUGCUUAUUUCUAUUUAUUUUAAAAUAGUAAAACACUUAAAAACCAUCAAAUCACCAUUUCUCAACUGCUGGGUUGUGGGACCAUGUUCGAUGGGUUGUGGAUUGCAUGCUUAAUUUUUUUUUCUUUUUCUUUGGUUUGGCAGAUUUAAUUGCCUCAAGCCCCCCUCCCGGUGGGCAAGUUUAACAACCAGCACACGCCCCCCCCCCCCCCAGACAGAAAAUUUUACGGCUUAAAUUUAUAUUGCAUAUUUUGCCGUGGCUUAAUAACCCAGAUCGGUUGCCUCACACUUCUGCGCCUGGGGUUUGAGUUUCUGGUUUUCCCCCGCAGUUCAAAAACAUGCUGGAAAGAAUUGGAGUCCAGUAUGAAAUUCCCCAUUGAUGUGAAUGGUGUGAGUGAAUGGUGUGUAUGACCUGCAAUGGGUUGGCGCCUCAUCCUGGUUUAUUCCCUGCUUCACGUCUGUAGCUUACGGGAUAGGCUCUGGAUCCCCAUGACCCUGCACGGUACAAGCGGGUAUAGAAGAUGGAUGGAUGGAUGGAUGGACAGAUGGACGGACUAAAUAACCAAGGGAGAAUGUGGGUCCUGAGACUAAGCCAAUUGAGAACCACUGCUUUAAAUGAUCAGAACCCCACGUCUCAUGCUUUAUCAGAGAAAGCAUUACCUUGUGAAGUGACUCAUAACACCUGCUUCAUUUUCCAUACACUAAACUUUAACUGCACCAUUAUGAGGCCUCCAGUACAGAUUACAAUGUCGGACCUGGCUUUCUCUGGCCGACGCAUCAUGCUCAAAACUGUACGUUGUUUAUUGCUAUAAGGUGUUGUUCAGUUGACCUGUUCAUCGAUGAGCUGUAUCCUUGACGUCAGAAAUGCCUUUUGAACCACUGUUGGUUUUCUAUUGCACUAUAUAUAAUUAUACAUGUACCGUGUACUGUUCAUUACAAUAAAUAUCAAACAGUUAAUGAGUA